GCAAUCAUAUCAUAUGUGAUCAUAUGUUGUUGAAGUUGAAGGUUGAGGAGAGAUAUAUUGUUUUUGUUGUUUGUUCUGGAGUUUUGUGUAAGAAAUGGCAAGUAGUUCAAGAUAUGACACAAAUAAGGUGUGCUGUAUUUCUCACCCAGAUGCCCCCCUUAUUGAAGAUUACAGAGCUGGAGACCAAAUCUGUUCAGAAUGUGGUUUGGUUGUUGGAGACAGAGUGAUUGAUGUAGGAUCAGAGUGGAGAACUUUCAGCAAUGAAAAGAAUGGAGUGGAUCCCUCUCGUGUUGGUGGGCCAGAGAAUCCUUUACUUGGAGGUUCUGACUUAACAACGAUGAUUGGACCUGGCAGAGGUGAUGCCAGUUUUGAUUCUUUUGGGGUGUCAAGAUACCAGAAUCGUAGAACGAUGAAUAGUUCAGACAGAGCUCUGAUUAAUGCUUUCAAGGAAAUUAAUGCUAUGGCAGACAGAAUCAACCUCCCGAGAACUAUAGUUGACAGAGCUAACAACCUAUUCAAGCAGGUCCAUGAUGGUCGAAAUCUCAAGGGUAGAUCUAAUGAUGCUAUAGCCUCUGCUUGUCUAUACAUCGCCUGCAGGCAGGAAGGUGUGCCUCGAACUUUCAAAGAGAUAUGUGCAGUCAGUAAGAUCAGUAAAAGAGAAAUCGGUCGUUGCUUCAAGCUUAUUCUGAAAGCUCUCGAAACGUCUGUUGAUCUCAUCACUACUGGAGAUUUCAUGUCUCGUUUCUGUUCCAAUUUGUGUUUACCGAAUAUGGUACAACGAGCUGCUACCCAUAUAGCGAGGAAGGCGGUGGAGUUGGAUAUUGUACCAGGAAGGUCGCCUAUUUCUGUAGCAGCUGCUGCUAUUUAUAUGGCUUCACAGGCCUCCGAAGAUAAACGCAGUCAAAAAGAAAUUGGAGACAUAGCUGGUGUAGCAGAUGUAACCAUAAGGCAGUCAUAUAAAUUGAUGUAUCCUCAUGCUGCACUUUUAUUCCCGCAGGACUUCAAAUUUGCCACGCCAAUCGAGCAAUUACCACAAAUGUGAAGUUUUUGUUAUGUACUCACAGUUGUUGAUGGUAUGUGACAGGUUUGUUUGGUCCACUUCUGAAGAGAGAGUUACAGAAAGAAAUCUUUCAUAUGCAAACUCGCCUCUCUAUUAAAAGAUUCAUUAGAAAUUCCAAUUGUGUAAAAAAUUUGUAUAUGUGAAUGUGAUUCUUUCAUUUACAUCUUAGAAAUAUUUUUCAGACCAAAACAACUUAUUGACUGGUGAAUUUAUGGACAUUUUGACUUCCAUUGCCUGAAAAUAGUGUUGACUGAUUUGAAAUCUAAAA